AUGACUUUAUAUGAUUUUAAAUCAGAGGACUACAAAAACAGAGUUAAAAAAUUAAAUGCAUGGACAAAUGUAUGCCAAAGACUCUAUGGAAACGGAUGGGACGACUUAGAGGUUGAAGCUAAAAGAAAAAUAGAAUUUAGAAUUAUGUCUCCGCCUCGACGAAAAUGUCAUUUUAAUGCAGAACUACAGAAGGAUUACCCUUUUAUGAAAGUCAAAUCUGUGUCAUCGGCAUCUAAUCAUCAACACACAUUGGCAGCUAAUGCAGAGAUUAGAAGCAAUAAAUUACCUUCAUUUUUUAAAUACGCAAGUGUCAGCUCCGAGAACUUGAUAAUUGCAGCCAAAGAAGGGACAUUUGCAUACCACACCAUUAGGCAUAUGCACAGUUUUAGAUCAUUAGAUUGUACUUCCAAAUUGAUUUCCAAUUUAUUUGAGUCUAAAUUUUGUUCUGCUAGAACUAAAAGUGAAGCCAUCGUGAAAAAUAUUUUGGCCAGAGAAUCGCAGUUACGUCUGGAAGUUGAUAUGCAGAAAGCUAAUUUUCUUAGCAUCAUUCUUCAUUCUUCAAAUCACAAGGAUACAAAACUAGUACCUUUACUAGUAACAUACUUUGACAGCAAAACCGGCAUUCAAACAAAAUUAUUACAGUUAGUGGAUUUACCAGGAAAGGAGGUUCAAAGACGCUGGAAAAGCUUAAAGGAUGCGUACCAAAGAGCACUAAAAGCUCGCGAAACAAAAAGUGGCGACGGGGCGAGCAAGAAAAGGCCAUAUAUUUAUGAAAAACAAAUGGAGUUUUUAAGCACAACUAUGAAGUCCAGGCGUACAACGGGAACCAUGAACAAUGAGAGUGCUAAAGUUGAUGGGAAUGUAAACACAGAAGAAGAACGGGUUAUAAUUGAAGAUGACACAUCCACGAACGAUAUUGGUAAUAUUGUAAUUAAAAAGACACCUCAUAAAAAACGCAAAAGAACUGACGACUUCGAUUCUCAGCUAUUAGAAAUUUUGAGAAAUAGCAGUAGUGCAGCUGCAUCAUCAAACCCAACUGUCGCACCACAGGACAAAGAUAAAAUGUUUCUCCUUUCGUUAUUGCCUUAUGUAAAGAAAAUGACAGAAUUUGAUAAGAUACCUACUCCGGAAAAGGUGAAAACUAUCACCAGACGAGAACUAUAUGAUAUCCUAAGGGAAUUCAAAGGAAAUAAAAUUGACGAAAAAUUUACCCUAUUGGAAGAUAGACUUGCUCAGAUGACGUCAUGUCCAAGGGAAGAUAGGAAUAUUUUGUCUCGUUCUCUGAAGUAUUUCAAGGCAAGUUUUAAGCAGAAAUGGGCGGCAGCUCGUAAUACUGAUGAACGAUUUCUAAAACAUAAUGAAGAAUGGCUUAAAACAUCAUUAGAACUUCUUUCCUGGUCAUCACUUAAGCCCGGUCGUCCAGUUAAACAGUUCCACGAAUUAAGUGAAAGGAGCAAGCGGCGGAGAACUGAAGAAAUACGGGCUUGCGUACCUGUCGAAGAGUUGACUUUCGCUGCGCGUGUAAGUCAGGGUACUUCCGGGAAUAAACAUGCAUCAAAGAUGAUUAAAGAAAUAACUUCAACACCGACGAAAGCCAAGAAGAUCAGAAAGAUAAUUUCGUCUAAAAAAGACCACGUGGAGAUGAAAUAUACCCCACAGGAAGCGUUAUCGUUAUUUGUAGAAGCAUAUAAAGAACCCAUAAAAAAGUGGCAGAUCCGUACACCAGAAGACAAAAACAUUAUUAAGGAAACAAAAGAGAAAAUUCAGAAAUGUUUUAGGGCUGAAAUGGAUCUACUUGUUCAUAUUCCUAAAGCAGGCUAUGGAAAUAGUAAUGAUGGAAAUACGUCUAGGAGGUUUUUUCAAAAUACAGAAUGCUCUUCUUGCAUCACAGGCAUCAACAGAGAAUUAAUUAACAGGUUUAAAGUAAUUCUUGAGGUAAUAUCAAGUGGUCAUGAGAUUGAUCACCACAAAUUUGAAAAUUAUGCCCAAGAUACUGCCAAACUAUAUGUCAAAUUGUACGGAUGGCAUCCAAUGUCCCCUACAGUUCAUAAAAUGCUAAUACACGGAGCGCAGGUGAUCGAACAGGCAAUUCUGCCAAUAGGGCAAUUGUCCGAGGAGGUCGCUGAAGCACGUAAUAAGCAUUUUCGAAAAUAUCGGGUGGACUUUUCACGAAAAUUUUCAAGAAUUGAUUGUAACAGAGAUGUUUUAAAUAGAUUACUUCUGACAUCUGAUCCUUUAAUCAGUUGUAGUCGGUCAAAAAAUAAGCAGAAAAUCUUACCAUUUUCCGAUGAAGCAAAGGCAAUUUUAAUCACAGCAACACCAAAUCCAAACAGUUUGGACGACAAUACAGUCGAAGAUGAUGACGAUGAAGAGGAUUCUGAUAUUAUCGUUGAAUCAGAUUGCACUGACUCCGAAUAA